AUGCCACGCGCUAAACAAGGUCCUCGCAGGUCGCUUGGCGGCGGAGCAAUCGCGAAACAGGGUCCUCGCCAUGAAAUUCUUCAAUUCAAAGACCACGCUGGCCAGAGCUACUUAGUGCGCCCUACCUUUCCACGAGCGACGAAAGCGGUGCCCAAACUGGGCAUACAACUCUACCUUCUUGGAAGUCGCACUGAGCCUGCCGUUCAAGAGUUGGCGAAAAGAUUUCUUGGCUGCGAGGCCAUUCAUCAAGGCUGGCGGGGCAUGCAUUGGCCGCGUGUUGACACGUACUCCGGCUUUGACACAGUCGAGAGUUGUAUCGAACACCAUCGUCGAGAGAAAGCCUUCCGAAAGAGCGCAAGCGAAGAGAUGAAACGCAGUGAAGUCGCUGGUCUCUCGGAGGAAGAUGCUGCCGAGAAGAUGAGGACCAAGAUCCGAGGAAGGGAGCCCUUACCGCAUAUUGUCCCUACAUGGUGCCCAUCGGAAGCCUUUUGGAACGAGAUUGAAUUUAGGCACCGUUACCGGUCUUGGAUCAUUGUCAUUCCAGAGGACCGUCUAUCAUGGGAGGAUGUGAUGGAAAAGGGUCUUCUCUCUGUGCGAUUUGACCUUGAUGUCACACCGGCAAUGCACACCUUUUGCUGGGAUGGACAAUAUAAUGAGCCAUCUGAACUUCCAGGAGACAAUGUUGCAUGGGUGCUUGUGCAGAAAACUGGCUUGGACCUGUGCAAGCCCGUGGACUAUCCCGAGGAGCAAAUGAGGAUCGCCUACGGAUGGCAUACCCCUGGCACCAAUGGAAGGCUGUUCGAUGAAUGGUCAGACUCAACAGAAUGGUUCCGGGAUUGUGCCUAUAGUUCGAAUUGUGAUGCUUGCAAUGAUGGGGAGCCUCAUGACAUUUGUGAGGAUGAGCUGAAUGAGCAUUAUUUUGACGAAGACGGACAGUGUAUUGCGUGUCGAAGGCGUUGA